UCCUUGGCAAAAACCAAUAUACCAAUAACAAAAUUCAGUUAAAAAUGAUUAGCGAAUAACAGUAUUCCUUGGUAAUCAUUUUAUCGUAACGAAACAUAGUAGAUAAAUGGAACGAGACGUUGAUGCUGACCUUCAAGUCUCAAUGUGACUUUGGAAUAUGCAAUGGAAUUGUAGUUGGAGCACAUUUACAUAUAUUCAACAAGUAUAAUCCCGUACCUCGUAGUUGUUAAUAAAAUCCAGAAUAAUACACAAAAAAUGGCCGAAAAAAAGGGAGAUAUCGGAUUAAUUGGUUUAGCUGUAAUGGGACAAAAUUUAAUUUUGAACAUGGCCGACCAUGGUUUUACUGUAGUUGCUUAUAAUAGAACUGUGGAAAAGGUACACGCGUUUCUCUCAAAUGAAGCUAAAGGAAAGAGCAUCAUUGGUGCAGUAUCAAUUGAAGAUCUUGUGUCUAAAUUAAAGGCACCAAGACGAAUUAUGCUUCUUGUGAAAGCAGGAAAUGCAGUCGAUGCUUUUAUUGAUCAAUUACUUCCAUACUUGAGCAAGGGCGAUAUCGUGAUCGAUGGAGGAAAUUCUGAGUAUACAGAUACCCAAAGACGUUGCAAGGAAUUGGAAGAAAAGGGCUUAAGAUUUGUUGGAGCAGGUGUGUCAGGAGGCGAAGAUGGAGCACGUUAUGGACCCAGCUUGAUGCCUGGUGGUCAUUCAGAAGCAUGGCCUCAUAUCAAAUCAAUAUUUCAAAGUAUUGCCGCUAAAGUUGAUGGACAACCAUGCUGCCACUGGGUAGGGUCUGAUGGUGCAGGACACUUUGUUAAAAUGGUUCAUAAUGGUAUUGAAUAUGGUGAUAUGCAAUUGAUAGGCGAAAUAUACCAUUUGAUGUUGGCAAUUGGACUCGAUCAGUCUGAAAUGGCCUACAUUUUUGAAGAAUGGAAUAAAGGAGAAUUAGACAGUUUUUUGAUAGAAAUCACCAAGGAUAUAUUAAAAUUCAAAGAUGCUGAUGGUAAAUAUCUUCUCCCAAAAAUAAGAGAUGCAGCUGGUCAAAAAGGAACAGGAAAAUGGACAGCAAUUGCUGCAUUAAAUUAUGGAGUUCCCGUGACUCUUAUUGGGGAAGCCGUCUUUAGUCGAUGUCUAUCUGCUUUAAUUGAUGAAAGACAAACCGCCAGUGCUCAACUUCCUGGACCUACGACUAAGUUCAGCGGUGACAAGCUUAAAUUCUUGGAGGAUUGUCGUCAGGCGUUGUAUGCAAGCAAAAUAGUUUCAUAUGCCCAAGGAUUCAUGUUAUUGCGGGAAGCAGCGAAAAUGUAUAAUUGGUCUUUAGAUUAUGGUUCCAUUGCUUUGAUGUGGAGAGGGGGUUGUAUUAUUAGAUCAGUAUUCUUGGGACAGAUUAAAACCGCUUUUAGCAAAGACCCUACACUGAAGAACCUCUUGUUUGCCCCCUUCUUCAAAGAAGCCAUUACUAAAGCACAAAGUGGAUGGAGAAAUGUUGUAUCAACUGCAGUAAAUAUUGGUGUUCCUACUCCUGCACUGAGCACUGCUCUUGCAUUUUAUGAUGGAUACAGAUCGAAACGUCUUCCUGCCAAUUUACUACAAGCACAAAGAGAUUAUUUUGGAGCUCACACAUAUGAGUUACUCGGACAGGAGGGUAAAUUUAUUCAUACAAAUUGGACUGGGCGUGGUGGAAACAUAUCAGCCAGCACAUACCAGGCUUGAAACAUUUAAGGAAAAAGAGGCACGGUUUUGGGAACAAUUCAUUAAUGAUAUGUUAAAUCACUAAAAUAUUGUUUAUAAACAAAGAACUUGUUAUUUGUCA